AUGGAGGCUUCUGAUACUCAUAUCUUCACGCCAUGGACAGCCAAUAUCAUCGAUGAUGAUGAGGAAUACGCCGAGAUUAUUAAACAAGCUGAAAGAGCUAUCGAACAUGGAAUAUUACCGAUACGAAUAUUGGCGGGUUCAUCCGGAUCCUACUUUGUUCGAAAUCCUGACGGUAAAAUUAUUGGUGUAUUCAAACCGAAGGACGAAGAACCAUACGGUCGGUUUAAUCCCAAAUGGACAAAAUGGUUUCAAAAAACGUUAUGUCCAUGUUGUUUCGGCCGAGGAUGUUUGAUUCCUAAUCAAGGUUACCUAUCCGAAGCUGGUGCUAGCUUAAUCGAUCAGAAACUCCGGUUAAAUAUCGUACCAAAGACACGUUCGGUACGUUUGGCUGCCGAAUCAUUCAAUUAUCCUGCAUAUCAACGGCAUUUGGUCUCAGCCAGACGUGAAAUUAACUAUAAUGUUGGACGGCACAUGCAUGGCAAACGUGUCUUUGAGCCGAAAGGAUUACGUCCAAAACUUGGCUCAUUUCAAUUAUUCGUUAAUAAUUAUAUCGGUGCUGAUGUUUUUCUUAAACAAAUCGAGCAAAACCCGUUGCCAAAAGAAGUUAUGGAUAAAUUUCAAAAACAAUUCGAAAAGCUUGUCGUCUUAGAUUACAUUAUACGCAAUACUGAUCGUAAUAUGACCAAUUGGCUAGUGAAAUAUGAAGUACACGAAGCUCCUGAACGAGAUAAACUCCUCCAAACUUUAUCCAGUCCUCACCUACAACCUGAUACACAGGCUGACAAUAACGAUCUAAAUCCACAGGAAAGCAGUACAAACACCAAUGAGAUACUUAUCGCCGCGAUCGAUAAUGGUCUAGCAUUUCCAUUUAAACAUCCUGAUGAAUGGCGUGCUUAUCCAUUUCAUUGGAGUUGGUUACCAUUUGCAAAAAUACCGUUCUCUGAUGAAAUCAAAUCUAAUGUGCUUCCAUUUCUAUCUGAUAUGAACUUUGUUCAACAUGAAUUAUGUGAUGAAAUUCAGCGAUUGUUUGCUCAAGAUAAGAAUUAUAAUCGUCGUUUAGUCGAACGACAAUUGUCAGUCAUGCGUGGACAAAUCUUGAAUUUAGUUCAAGCUAUGCGAGAUGGCAAAUCACCGUCUCAAUUGGUGCAAAUGCCGGGUGUUCUUGUCGAGCAUAUUCCCGCCGAUGAGUCGUCGGGACGAAAACUAUUCAGACACAAAUUUUAUGAUCGAUAUCCGCUAUUUUCAUGGUUUUAA